GGCUUCUUUAACGUCUCGGGUUCGAUUCUCCAACUUCGUAAUCUGACGAAACGUUAUCUUCUUCCCAAAUUUCUGAUUCUCUGCGAUUUUCCCAAACUCAUCUUCUUCGAGUGACUUGUACAGAUUAGGGUUUUACUCGUUGCAUUUCUCGUUAUUGUUCGCUAUAUUGCUCCUUGAUUGUGGUCGAUGACCUCGCUACUUCUUCUCAGAACUCUUCCGCUCCUCCGCAACGGUUUUCUCAACCAUCGUCAUCAAGUUGGUAUCGUAGCUGGUGGAAUUCUCAGUCACCGUCGGCGUUUGUGGUGUUCUCUUGCUGAUAAACCACAGUUUUACGAGAAUGAUUCUACGGCGGAGGGAUCCGGCGCGGGGAUGAACACGACGUCGCCUGCUGUUGAUAAUAGCUGGCGUUUUGAAGAUCCUGAUUAUCGGAAGUGGAAGAAUCUAGAGGCUGAGAUUCUUCGUGAUAUUGAACCUAUUGCUCUUCUCGCUAAAGAAAUUCUUCAUUCUGAUAGGUAUUUGGAUGGAGAACGCUUAGAAUUUGAGGAUGAGAAAAUUGUCAUGGAAAAGCUUCUUGCUUAUCACCCCUACUCAAAAGAUAAAAUUGGUUGCGGUCUUGAUUUUAUAAUGGUUGAUCGGCAUCCUCAAUUCAGGCACUCAAGGUGCCUCUUUGUUGUGAGAACGGAUGGUGGAUGGAUAGAUUUCUCCUACCAGAAAUGUCUUCGAGCUUAUGUCCGAGAUAAGUAUCCGUCUCACGCUGAGAGGUUUAUUCGUGAACAUUUUAAGCGUGCUAGUAGCUAAAAAAUCUGUAUAAUUGUCCCACUCCUCAUCACUGCAAAUUCUCAUAUAAAUUUUGCUGAAAUCACACAAUCAGCUACGAUGCUUUGAUGUAGAAAAAUUAUACUGGCUCUAUCCAUUGAAGGAAGGCUUAAAUCUGUUACGAAAAUAUCAGAAGUAAAAAUAUUGUUUGUUCCUUCAAAGCCA